CCGGCGGAAGCGCUCGGGCCGCGCCGGGGCCGCCGCCGCUCCCGGGGCUCCCGCUCCCUCCCGGGGCUCCCGCCGCUCCCGGGGCUCCCGCUCCCUCCCGGGGGUCCCGCCGCUCCCGGGGCUCCCGCUCCCUCCCGGGGCUCCCGCCGCUCCCGGGCCGCCGGGGAUGCGGGUGCCGGGCCGUCCCCGCUGGAGCUGAGCCCGCCAUGGUGCCCUGCGGGGCCGUGCUGUGGCGGCGGCUGCUCAGGAAGCGCUGGGUGCUCGGCCUCGUGUUCGGGCUCUCGCUCGUUUACUUCAUCACCAGCACCUUCAAGCAGGAAGAGAGGAUGGUGAGAGAUCGGAAUCUCCUCCAAGUGCAGGAGCACGAGCAGCCCAUCCUGUGGAAGGUGAAGUUCAGCCCAGGAAACAGCAGCCAGCUGAGUAACCAGUGCAGGAAUUCUGUGCAGGGGAAGCUCCUCAUUACAGAUGAACUGGGGUACAUCUGUGAGAGGAAGGACCUGCUGGUGAAUGGCUGCUGUGACGUGCACGUGCCCAGCACGAAGCUGUUCAGCUGUGAGAGCUGCCUUCCCAACGGCUGCUGCAGCAUCUACGAGUACUGUGUGUCCUGCUGCCUCCAGCCCAGCAAGCAACAUCUCCUGGAGCGUUUCCUGAACCGGGCAGCUAUUGCUUUCCAAAACCUCUUCAUGGCAGUGGAGGAUCACUUUGAGCUGUGUCUGGCCAAAUGCAGGACUUCAUCACAGAGUGUGCAGCACGAGAACACCUACAGAGACCCCAUUGCCAAGUACUGCUAUGGGGAAUAUCCCCCCGAGCUCCUGCCUGUGUGAAAGCUGAGGGAUCUGAGCAACAGAGGGAAGGAACUGGAGACUGGAAGCCAAAGGAACAAGACACCAGCUGCUGCUUUACAAGAGCCUCAGUGCAAAUGGCUUGUGUUGGGUGUGGGGGCAGAGCCAGAGGUGUCAGAGUGAGCAAGGAACUCCAGUUCUCUGGGACUGAAUCUUGCUUCCUUCACUUUGUUGUGCACCUGUGCUAGCACUGUGCCACAGUACCAGUAUUUCCUUGGAGUAUUUCCUCUGUAUUUUAGGAUCUAGGCUGUAAAACACCGUGGGGAAAAAUAUCUAAUGUGGCUUUGCAGCUGUAAAUGGAGGUUCAGUUGUGUCUCUGCAGUCCAGAGACUUUCCAGAGAGACAGGAAUAAUGGGAGGAUUUCUGCUUUUAGAGAGAAAAGCACGCUUUGCUUCUCUCUCUGCAACCCCUCUUGACAUGCAUGGUGUACACUACAUGUGUAAUUAUGAAUUAUUUAUUCUUUUUAUAUGGAUUACUAGCUGAAAGUAUUGAUGCUUUGCAGAGCUAGUGGUUGGUGCCUUUCAGUCCCUGUUUUGCUGUGUCAGCUAGAAAGGAUGUUUUAGAUCCUGACUAAAGUUGGUUGGUUUUUCUUCCUCUUUAGUCUAAAGGAAUUGUGUUGGGAUUUGUCACUAUAGUGCUUAUGUUCCUCUUAGUGAGUUUAAAGCAUUCAGAACUCCAAUGGAGUUGUUAUUCUGUCCAAGUCCUGCAGCACGAGAGAAGAGCAGGGAUCUGCCUGGGGUGGGAUGUUGAUUGUUUGUUGUAAAUACUUCCCUUGUUACUCUGCAACAGUUUCCUCAAAGAGGAGUCUCAGUUUUGUGAACAGCUCUCUCUGCUGGUCCCCUUGCUGACAGGGAACACUGGAGGGCUGUUUGCUUGAACUUGGUAAAUCAAAUGUUCUUCACUCCUGGUUGUGCAGGAGGCAAAAGGGUGGAGCUGUUCUGGGACCUCAGUUUCAUGAUGUCCUGGUGCAUGAAGUAAUUCCAGUGUCAGAACGUGCCCUCUGAGGACAACUGUGUUGCAUGAGCUCAGCUAAACAGUCAGGGUGCUUUUGAUUUGCUGUUUGACACACUUGCUGCUCUGGAAUCUUGGUCUGAUCAGAAUGGCACCAGGCCAGGGUUGGUUCUCCCACAAUUUCUCCUGGCUCUCUAAAGUUGCAGUUUAAAUUGUCUCCUUCUAAAGGCCACACAACACAGAAAAGAUGGGUAGAGAACCAGUAAAAUGCUGACUAAAUUUGUGCUCCCCCUGCAAGUCACUGGGCAAAGUCUAAGCACUAGACUGAACUGGGUUGUUCUUUUCUGUAAAGUGAUUCAUUUCUCUUGUUUUUACCCCACCCAUCUCCUCAUGAUUUGGACUUUGUGUGUGCCUGCUUGAACUGCAUUAGAUAAAAAAGUAAAUAAAAUGUAGAUAAAAAUCUACAGAGGCUUUAAAGAAAAAACAAAGACAAACCCUAAACACAGGGGUGGAAUAUCGAGGUGCAAAAGAACUGUAGAAUGCUGUGCAAUUACAUAUGAUACAAACAAGAAAUAAGUACCAACCAUCUCAUAAAAUCCAUUUGCAUUGUUUUCAUUGUUCUUUCCCAGAAGCCAUCAUGUGAAAUAACGGUUCCAUCAGCAGUUUUCUCUUUGAAAUCUUGUUUUUCCACAGGCUCCAGGGCUCUGGCAUUAGCAGUUUGUGCAGUUUAUCCCUUUGCUGCCAUCCCGUGGCAACGUGCAGACGUGUGUGAGGCUGCAGUGUGGAGUCCUGUCUUCAGAGGGUAGCAGAGGUUGCUUCUCUUUUCAGCGUUAAGCACAUUCCUCAGCCCUUCCCAGCACUCCAUAACCGUUUUCCUUAGGGAAGGCCAUCAGGUUGCUCUGUCAGACCAUUCCUGCUGAGGUGUAUUCCAGCACUGCGUGGGUUUGCACCGUGACUGAUGAGAUCAAGAUGCUGAUGGCCUGCUCCUGCUUUCUUUUCCAACUUGAUAUUAAUUCCUUAGCUGGUCAUACCACUGCUUGAAGCAGUAAUUGUAAGAAAUCAGAAGAACCAGCCUAAUUUGGACAAUGUUUGUGAGAAUUCCUGGCCCUUUUCUCUCCUAGAAAAACAGGACGAGAUCAGAAGUGCAUUGUGACCACUGUCAAUGGGACAGAAACUGCAUCCUCCCUCCCUGGUUGUUGAGCUGUUCAACUAGUUAGUUUAUGUUAAAUCAUUAAAAUGUUCCAAAAUGCU